AUGCCCAAGAGAAAGGCUGAAGGGGAUGCUAACGGAGAUAAAGCCAAGGUGAAGGAUGAACCACAGAAAAGAUUAUCAGCUAAACUUGCUCCUCCAAAGCCAGAGCCCAAGACUGAAAAGGCCCCUGCAAAGAAGGGAGAGAAGGUACCCAAAGGGAAAAAGGGGAAAGCUGAUGCUGGCAAGGAUGGAAAUAACCACCCUACAGAAAAUGGAGAUGCCAAAACAGACCAGGCACAGAAAGCCGAAGGUGCUGGAGAUACCAAGUGAAGUGUGUGCAUUUUUGAUAACUGUAUACUUCUGUUGACUGUACAGUUUGAAAUACUAUUUUUUAUCAAGUGUUAUGAAAAUGCAGAAUUUUGUUUUACUUUUUUU